AUGAACGUCGUCGGGUCAUGGAGACGACGGUCAGGCAAGGAAGAAGAAGACGACGAAGAAGAAAAGAACGGACGGCGGACGAGAAAUGGGGGAAAAGAGAUGGUUUAGGCAAAAGGCCGCGAGCGCGCUCGCGUUCCACCACACGGCGGCCACCAAUAAUUGGGUAAGGCGAGGGUCUCCGCUGGCUUUCUCCAAAGACUCUUGCACUGUUCUGUCGGUUCUUCUACGAGGCGGAUCGCAUCGAAUUAUGACACGAGUAGCCUUGGAAAAAAUAGCCGCAACAGUGGUCCGAGAUUGAGCGCCGGGCGGCUUAUUUAUCUGAUCUUCGUUCGAAAAAUCGCUGAGUUCUCGAGAUUCGAUAGUGAAAAGUUAGAAUACAGAUCAGGCUUUCUACAAUCCCGUUUCAGAAGGUGAAUGACGACAUAGCCUUGGAAAAAAUAGCCGCAACUGUGGCCCGAGAAUUAGCGCCGGCAUGGCUUAUUAAUCUGAUCUCAGUUCGAAAAAUCGUUGAAUUCUCAAGCUUCGAUGGUGAAAAGUUGAAAUACAGAUCAGAAUUUCUACAAUUCCGUUCCAGAAGGUACAUGACAAUAUAGCCUUGAAAAAAAUAGCCGCAAAAUUGGUCCGAGAUUAAGUGCCGGGCGGCUUAUUUUUCUGAUCUAGUUCCAAAAAUUGCUGAAUCCUCGACCUUCAAUGGUAGUUGAAAUGAAGGUUUUCUAAAAUAUAACACAAACAGCCUUGGAAAAAAUAGCCGCAACUGUGGCCCGAGAAUUAGCGCCGGCAUGGCUUAUUUAUCCGGUCUUACUUAGGAACUCCGGAGUGGUUCCUAUAAGGGCUAUCUUAGGGACCCUUGAAGGUUCCCCUCUAGGGACUACUUUACUUUCUCUCUAGGGGCCACAAAAGCUUGCAAAAGCGAUCCCUAUAGGGGUUUCGUUAGAGGCCCCUAUAAGGGACAUGCUAGUCGAUUAUUGUCAAUAAAAGAUCAAAUUUUCAAGUUUGUCUUUGGACUUUAUGGGAACCAGUUGAGCUUUUGGGGCAUAGAGGUGAGCCUAAGCUACGAAAGGGAUCACCUAAAUCUGAGCUCUACAAGGACCAAUCUGGCGUUCCUGAGCAGUUUGAAAAUUUUCCAAAACAAGCUGAAUUUCCAGUCUCAUCCAGGAGCCUCAAAGUUGACUCAAAACAUUGGAUAAAAACUUAAAAAAUUAGAAAAGGCAUACAUUUUUCAUCAAAUUAGAUUUUCCCGGACUGACAGGCUUCUCAGAAUAAUUUGUUUGGUUCUUAUCGAAGCAAUCAUUAUCCUCAUGAAAAAACUGGAUUUCAAUAGUUUCCGAUCAUCAGCAAAAGUCAAAAACUUUAUAAAUCGCUCUUAAAAUUAACAAUCCAUUUUUAAAAAUUGAUUCGAAUUGCCUGAAAGAAAAAAAAACGCACCCAUUUGACGUUAGCGUGUUGAUUUUGAUGACGAGCUCACUUCUCGAUUCCACCUCAAAAAUAAUCAGUCAAAUCCAGAAAAAUCUCUUUCAAUUUUCAAAAAGAAGGAUAGCUUCUCAAGAGAAUUUUAUUUCAAACUUUGAAAGGAAAAAAUUGUCCAAUAACUAAAAAAUCCUUCAAUUCCGUAACUGAAGCUGGUUUGGAUGCUUCCAAAAAUCCCGGUAUUAGCUUUUUAAAUCAUUCAUAAAAAGUAGGCUUCUACUUUCUAGAGUAAUAAAGUCAAGAAAGCUACAAAUUUUAUUUCGGCUAAAAAGGCAAAAGUUCAAGUGAAGAUCCAAUAAACCAAAAUUUCAACGUAGCCAGCGUUUUUAAAAAAUUUUUAAACUAUUCGUGACGAAACUAAAUAUAACAUGAGCAAUUGCGUGAAAAUUUAAAAGUCUUAGCUGCAGGAAGUGUUGCCAAAAAAGAAUGGGUGAAAGUUUGAUUGGGUAAUGCCGAAAAAACGGCUGAAAUCUGAGGCUGAUCCGUUUAUCUGCUCGUUGCCCUCCAACCACCGUUUUUCCUCCCGCACAACUCUUUUUGGGGAAUCGAUUUGUUUACAACAAAGUGAGUGUAGUUUUGAUUCAUAAUUCUGUUUUUUCAGCAAUAUUCAAUUUCCUUUCCAGGAUCGGUUUGAUGAAUUGACAUGGUUUACUUCAAUUUCCUCUUAAUUUCCUGUCGAACCACGGAGAUUCUUUUUUUUCUGUUUUUCGAGAAGAUAUGAGAUUCACCCAUCAAAUCCACACCGUUGAAUAAGCUAUUCCGAAAAAUCGCGUUCAUUCGAUUUUUGCACAGUUUUUUUUUAGUAUCCAACCGUAUUCAAGACAUUUAAGUUUUUUUUUUUAAAAAGUAAGCCUAGAAAAUAUUCACUAGAAAGUUAGCUGCUAUGGAAACCUUGUUAAAACCACUGCCUGAUUUAACUACGUCCUUAUUUUCCGAUCUUACUUGUUCGUACAACAAAAUUUAGAAUAUUCUCAGGUUGGAAGUUACAAAUCCACCUCCUUCUCUUUUUUUUUCACUGUCGAAAAAUCACUCUGCGUCUAAAACUUCCAUGUACUCAUUAGAAAUCUGAAAAUUCCACCAAAUUUUGACUCUGCUAAACCCCUAACGCUUGACAAAAAAUCUUCACAACUCGACGGAAAAUCUACUUCUUCUAGUGUCUCAAGAACAAGUCUCUAACUUCUCAAAACUUUUAGAGCCGUUCAGAGGAAGGACCCCAAAAAAAUGAUUCCGCUCGCCCUGCUCUUAGCGAUGAGCUGGAGCACGGUUCUUGGUCAAAAUGUCGUGUGCUUCGAAUGUUACGGCAACUCUUCGUCGCAGGGACAGUUCUGCUCCAUCGACAAGCUCUGCGUAGACCAUUCUUGUUUCUUCGGUCAGUUCAUAUUGAAUUGGAAGUAUUGCUUUUUACAGAAUAUUCCGCUGACGGAGUCUGGUCAGCCGGUUGCUCCAGUGAAACAGCUUCAUCAACAGUUCUACAGGUUUUUCUUGUACCAUCCAUUUUCCUGGGCUUCUUGGUCCCACUUCAAAAGGCUCAUUCGUAAACCACCCAAUUUCCCUCCAGUGCUCCCUUCUGGAUUCUGGCAAUAAAUGCACUUGCAACACCGACUUCUGCAACAGCCUCGACGCCGCCAAGGAGGUCGCCGGAAUCCACUCUUCAAUCGCUUCCAAGCCUCUCCGGUAGGAAAGGGUAAAAUAACCAAUGAAAAGCCUUUUUCAGAGCUUUUCGAUCAAAGGCAGCUGCAGAAAGUGUUGAUAGGUCAGUUAUUGAAACUUAUAACGGGUUUGAGAAAAACUUUUUCAAGCUUCUGAAAAAUGAUGUUCUCAAGCUGAGCAAAAAUUUGUUGCUUCUGAUGACUCUAAUCAAUUGUUUCCUUCAGUUCACCUGGUAUCGCCUUCGCCGUUCCCAAUUCUCCAAUGAUAUACUGUCAUCAGUGCGGAAACGUCACAGUCGGCAGUGAAUCUCGCGACAUUCCUUGCGAUCUUCACCAUACUUGUCAAGGAAACUACUGUGUCAUGAGUCUGUUUUUCUAUCAAUUUUACCGAAUCUAUUUUUUUAAAAUCCCACCUGAGCAUCACCAGCAUGUAGGAGAAAGCUAUUCACUGAGAUGACCUACUUGUUCUACCCAAAAAUCAAAAUUCCAGAGCGCGGACAGUCGCCCUACGCGUAUUGCGGAACGAUCUGGGAAGGCGAAGAAGAUGUAAGAUUGAAACUACGGGAACUAAAUUCAAAAUUGAUUUCAAGCCGGCUUGCACCAAGUAUCCCGACCAGCCGGAAAGAUGUAUCUGCGAGGGACAGAUGUGCAACGUCCUGCUCUCCCCUCAAACUUUUGCCGAUGCCGGACGUUCGUUUUUUUAAAUGUCCAUAGUCUGUGUGCCAAGACUUGAAAUUUCACCGAACGACAUUCCGCUCUUCCGCUGCGUCGCGAAGCGUCUUUGCGAGCCUCGAUCUCGCUUCGAAUUGAUUCUCACUUCUGAUAGAUGGACUGUAACACUAGGAACACGUGUUGGUUGAGUUCUUAAACAAAAUAAAAAAUUAAAGGCGCGGCCGAGCACGCAGUGGAACAGCGGAAUGUCGUUCGGUGAAAUUCCAAGUCGUGGUACACAGACUAUAAUUCAAAAACCAAACCCAAAUAACUCAUGACUUAUUUCCAAGCAAAAUUUCUUCAUUAUUAUCUUCAAAUUAACUAUUCCAAAUUCUAGUCCUACCAAUAUUGUCUUCUGGUCCCAUACUUCUGAAAAAUAAUAUUUUGAACUUUUCUAAAGUUUUUUCCACACUUGUCUUCAGCCUUGAAAUGAAAAAAGGACGAGAAAUCAAGUGUCUUUUUCAGAAUUAGGGCCAGUGCUAAUUACCGAGCCCCCACCAACUCUUGCUCAGCCUGUAGCUCCAAAUGUACCUCCAACCGCUCCACCCGGUAAGCUAUCCACCAACGAAUCCACUAUACAUUUUCCCGAUUCUAGGCAAAAAGUGCAAAAAUGGCAAGUUCUCUCCGAACAACCAGGCGGUCUUCAUGGGCGAGAAGCUCAAAGACGUGAUUCUCAACGGUUUCGGCAGUGAUAGCGGCGCUAUUCAAGUGAAUCGCAUUCAGAAAAUCACAAUUAAUUUUCUGUCCAGAACUUCGAAGACGACGUCAACGACCACAUCUGCAACUACUCAGAAGACGAUGAUGAUGAAGCUUCCAAAAAAUAA